AACCUAUUGAUUCAUAAAAUCCGCAUCCCACACAUUCUCUCUUUCGUACAUAUACACGCGCCUGCAGAUCCCCCCUCUCUCUCUCAGAGAGGCAGAGAGGCUGACUCCUCCUUCCUUCCCUUCUCUCACUUGGCACCGUGUCUCCCUGUUGGCGGUACAGUAUAACAGAGGCAUACAGAUCGGGGACCGACGGUGGAUGGGGAAAGGCAGUAGCCGCAGCAGCAGCAGUCGGACGUACCGACCGAAGGAUGCUCCAGCACCAUGACUUGCUCGGCGUCAGAUAGCGAGAAGAUCGUCAUCAACUGCGGUGGAAUUCGACACGAGACCUACCGGAGCACCCUAAAGACGUUGCCGGGGACGCGCUUGUCUUGGCUGACAGAGCCCGACGCCUACAGCAACUUCGACUACGAUCCCAAGUCCGACGAGUUCUUCUUUGAUCGCCACCCGGCCACCUUCGCCUUCAUCCUCAACUACUACCGUACCGGCAAGCUCCACUGCCCCAACGAUGUCUGCGGGCCGCUCUUCGAGGAAGAGCUCGCCUUCUGGGGCAUCGAUGAGACGGACGUGGAGGCGUGCUGCUGGAUGAAUUACCGACAGCACCGUGAUGCAGAAGAAGCCCUGGACAGCUUUGAGACCCCCGAACCGGAUCCACCCGAGGACGACCCUGCACUCACCGGCGGAGCGGAUGGCGACCUGAAACGUCUGUGCAUGCAGGAGGACGGCCGCAGGGCGACACGGUGGGAGGUGUGGCAGCCCUGGAUGUGGGCACUGUUUGAGGAUCCCUACUCCUCCAAAUAUGCCCGGUAUGUGGCUUUUGCCUCACUCUUCUUCAUCCUGCUCUCCAUCUCCACAUUCUGCCUGGAGACCCAUGAAGUCUUCAACACCAUCUACAACAAAACAGAGAAUGUCACCGUCGGCAACGUGACACGUGAAGAGAUUGUAUAUGAGGUGGUCACAGACAGCUGGCUCACGUAUGUCGAGGGCGUCUGCGUCAUCUGGUUCACUAUUGAAGUGAUGGCACGCGUUAUCUUCUGUCCUGACAAGGCAGAGUUCUUCCGCAGUGCCCUGAACAUAAUAGACUUUGUGGCAAUUGUGCCCUUUUACCUGGAGGUGGCGCUGAGUGGCCUAUCCUCCAAAACAGCCAAAGACGUUCUGAGCUUCCUGCGUGUUGUACGCUUUGUCCGUAUCCUACGUAUAUUCAAGCUGACCCGCCACUUUGUUGGUUUACGUGUGCUGGGCCACACUCUGCGUGCCAGCACUAAUGAAUUCCUGCUGCUCAUAAUCUUCCUGGCACUAGGUGUCCUCAUCUUUGCUACCAUGAUCUACUAUGCUGAACGUAUCGGUGCUGACCCAGAUGAUCCAACAGCUGCAGCCCACACCAACUUUAAGAACAUCCCCAUCGGCUUCUGGUGGGCUGUGGUGACCAUGACCACGUUGGGAUAUGGGGAUAUGUAUCCUGAAACAUGGUCAGGAAUGCUCGUGGGUGCCCUCUGCGCCUUGGCUGGGGUGCUGACGAUUGCCAUGCCAGUGCCUGUCAUCGUCAAUAACUUUGGCAUGUACUACUCCCUGGCCAUGGCUAAGCAGAAACUCCCCAAGAAGAGGAACAAGCACAUCCCCAGGGCGCCACAGCCAGGCAGCCCAAACUAUUGCAAGCCAGAUGCCCUGGCAAUGGCGACAGCAUCUCCUCACAGGUUGAUGGGAAAUGUGCUCGGGCCUGGCAUGGUGGGAUCUGGCAGCAUGAUGGGUACUGGAGACUGCCCAUUAGCACAGGAGGAGAUCAUUGAGAUCAACAGGGCAGACUCCAAGCAGAACGGUGAUGCAGCAGCUAACGCUGCGGCUCUGGCCAAUGAGGACUGCCCUACCAUCGACCAGGUCCUGGGAGAUGAGCGUAGCCCGGCUACCGGUGGGCUAGGCUCCACCACCAGCCGUGAGCGCUACCCGCACGACCGGGCGUGCUUCCUGCUGAGCGCAGGGGAGUUCCAGCGCACAACAGACGGAAACGUUCGAAAAGCCACAGGUUAUGAGAAGUCACGUAGCCUCAAUAACAUCUCUGGGAUGUCAGGCGUCCCGCUGCGCCUCACUCCCAUCACCAAUUCCACCUUUGAACCCUUUGAGCCGCCUGGCCUCAGGCGAUGUCAUUCACCCAUCCCUUCAAUCUUGUAGCAUAGCCCACAGAUAGCCACCAGAUUUAACAACAGCAGCAGCAACAGUAACAUCUAGAAAGAUUUUUUUGUCUGAUUAUUUGUUUUUGCUUUUUUUGCAUGGAAAAAAAAAGCCUACACACAGGAAUUACAGUUUUUCCAGGCCGCUCUGUCAUUCUGCAUUCAUGCCCUGUGUUUUGUUCUUGAUCUGAAACAACAAUAAAUGCAAGUUCAUGGAGCCCCUAGAGGCCCCAUUUAAUCAUUUCAAGAAAGAUUAGCUGAACCUUACUGAAAUAAAUGUGGCAAAUUUGCCUUACUAACAUGAAUAGAGUUUAGUUUACAGUAGAAUAAUAGAAGAGUUAGUUUACCUCUAGUUUUUCCUGUGCUACGCCUUGCCUGUACUUCAACUGCACUUGUACAUCAACACUUUAACCUUGGCACCUAAGAGGAGUUAGAAAUCUUCUAAUAUGAAGCCUAAGAAUGCAUACAGUGACACACAGACACCAACAUAUUACAGCAGCAUGUGUGUUUUUACUCCAGAAUAAGAAUAUACACUAGCCUAUAAGUGACUUAGAAGCAAACGUAUUUUGUAUUUAAAUGCCCCUUACUGUAGCUCCUCUGCAACUUAAAGCUGAAAGUCAUGUUUGCUGUAGAAGGUGAUGUGCUAACACAUCAUCAACCAUUUAAUAUAGCCGAAAAGAGACAGGCUCCCAUAUAUGUCAACUCCAACACCAGCUUCUGAGCCCUUGUGCCCUUUCUCCUGCUUCCUGGUAAUUAAUAUAGAAGGACCUGUUAGUAUGGUGGACAAAGUCCUGUGGUUUUUCAUUUGUCCCUACCAGUAAGGAGUUAUAAUGUACAGACAUAAUGUAUUUUCCCAUAACAGAAUUGUACAUUAUGCUGAUUUAACCAUGCAAGCACUAUUGUGCAGUCAAGCUAGUUACAAACUCAUUAUACAUAAUAAAUGUAGGACAAACAUUAUAGAAAGUUUUACACAGCUAAAAGUACAAAGCAGCAGGGACAAGGACAAGGGAUAAGUGCUCCCUGUGGUCUUUACACACACACAUAUAUAGAUAUAUAUAAAUAUAUCAUUGGGCAAUAUGAUCUUAUUACAUCUGCUUGAGCCAUCAGAGAUGAUCACUUUCUUGUUUCUUUGUCUUUGUUAACUACUUUCAAAAAGAAAACUACAAAGAAAGCUUCUUCCCCAGACUGGGGUCAACGAAUUGACAGGACUGUAAGCUAAUUGUCCCCUUGCAUCACCACAAAAUGCAUGCUCUCAUGUUUAUGUGUAGAUAAAAAGAAACACAUUGAAGCAGUGACUUUUAGUUUGUAGGGGUUAACCCUGACCACAGUGAAGACAUGAACUUACUGGAAGAAAGAAAAGAAAUCUUCCAACUAGCUGUUUCUUUCCUUUCUCUGUAUGUGGAAAAAUGUCCUGCGAUAGACUAGCCACCUUUCCGGGGUAUUCCCUGCCUCUCUCCCAGCACUGCAGCACCCCUGAUGCUUAGGAAAAUAGCUGGAUGGAUUUAUCUAUAAAAGCUCCAGACAUUGCAGCUGCACCUGAGAGUUUGAAGCAUAGUUUUCUUUAGGCUUAUGUUCACCAGACCACCACCAUCACUGCUGCUGCACCAUCACUACUAUCACUGACUCUAAUGUGGCCAGUGGCAAAAUUUUUAGUUUUCUCCCCAUUUCGCUUCUUGUUCUUUCCCUGUUUUUGCCUGUCUUUUACUCCUGAACCCCAUCCUACCCUUCUUCUCCUGUCCUUCCAUCUCUUCUUUGUUUUUGGCUGCGGCUGCUCAGUAGGAGGUACAGUGAACGGCUACUGGAGUGACAGCCCAUGGUAGAAGAAAAGCAGAUGCCAAAAACCACACAGGAAGAGGACAGCAAACAAAGGACGGACAGAGAAAAAACACAAUUUAGACAAAGUCCGCAUUUUAUGUGCAUGCGUGCCCAGACCUGCAGCUACCUCUGUACUAAAGCCAAUAAAUUCAGCAAGGAAGAACAUAUCUCCCCUCACAUGUUCUUCUUGAUUCCUGAUGAAGAUUUUUGUGGAAAAAUUUAUUUGACUACAUUUGGAAAAAGACGGUCUGUUGGUUAAGUUGUAUCUUUUUGAUUCCCCUGUGCUCAACUCCUGCUCUCUCCUUUUUUCUCUCCCAGCAGAAAGUAGAAUAGAAUUUUUCAUUUGUUUAAACAUCAAAGAAAAAUCAAAAUGAUGCAAAUUUGCUUUAAAAUUCAGAGAGUAUUUAGAAAAUUGCACCAAAAUAAGUGUACAGUGGGAGGUAUGUGCUUCCUGUUACUUUUUUACAUUCAGACUGUGAGUUACAGAAGGUGAGAGCACUGCUUAUAGACAUCAUUUGUGAAUGCUCAUGUAUGUUUUUGUUUGUUUUUUUAAACAAAUAUCUUGUUUAUGUUUAAAUGUGUGUUUACUUUCUUGCCACAGCAGUCUAUAGUCUGGCUGCUAAGUUUGGAGCUAUGGCUAGAAAGUCUGAGCUUACCUUAGACUGGAAAGUAACAACUCCCAGUUUCAUUAGCUAAUAUAGUGUGGGAACAUGAUGACAGCUUGUUAUUAUUUUCAGAUUAAUUUUCAGGUUAGUUAGAGGUGUUAUCGGAUUGGUCUGUCUGUAUAGGGCUAACUGAAUCCCGGUUUUGAAUAUUUAUGCUAAGCUAACUUCGUUUAUCACCUGCUGGCUGUUUUUCAGGCACAACUGCUCAAGCUGCCGUUGGCAAGAAAGUGAUGCACAGAUUUGUGUAGCUAUUCUAUGUGUUUUAUGUCAGGCAAGGUUUUCUAUUGUUCCCGUUUAUGCUCAAACCCUCUGUGGUGCAGUAAUGAAUAACUUGGAUAUUUCAGUCCACUGGGGGAUUCAUGAAAACCAGGAACACAUUUACACACCUCAUUUCAUCCUCUCCUUUUCCCAGCAUCCAUUUGUACAGAGUGCAUCUGUCACGUUUCCCCUUCGGUUUCUUUUGUUGUGACAGUGUAUAUAUGUAAAGUUUGUGUUGUAGAUAAACCUGCAUGGGUUUCUGUCACAAUCAAUAAGGAUGCUAAUUUGAUAACGUUUUAGUCUCAAGCCUAAUGGCACUGUCUAGAUUACCACACGUGCGUGGAUGUAUAUGUUGAGGUACUUACAUAUGCACUAACAAAAGCAUGCAACACAAAAAAUGGUCACCUCUUUGAAUGCAGGAAGAGGUCGAUGGACAUUAUGCAUGACUAAAUGCUACGAUGAUACUGGUCAGACCAGACCAAGUUAGGUACUGUAAUAGGGCAGGGCGAGGGUGGGAAAGUUUAUUUUUGCAGGAUGGGGAGGGGUUAUGUCUUCUACUGCUGCUUUCUUAUCACUCUUGAGAGACUUACAAGGUAAACAUUAACAAUUGUAGCUUUUUCUUCUUUUUGUUGCGUCACAAAGAGUGUUCUGAAAGCUGUGUACUUAUCAGAUAUAUGCAAAAAAAGUAACAGUAACUGUGAACUAAUGCUAAAAAAUCCAGCUUCUUCCAUCAUAGCUCCAUUUUUCCCCGUUCAUCUUUUAAUUUUGUGUUCACGUCAUGUGUCCCUUUCCUGUUCUGUAAACUGUAAUAUGUCCAAAAGACACAUGUCUCUGUAAUGCAAUAAUUCGCUGCACCUUCUGAACAAAGAGCAAUUCCUAAUUAUCCAUCUUUCCUUCAGCAGCAUACAAACAAUUCCCUUCUUUUGAUGUCCCAGUGACCUGAUGUCCCUUCUUUCUUUUCCCAGUAAAGAGGAAAAGAAAGUCCAUGAAGCCAUCCCUGUCAUAGAAUCCAUAAAUAUAUGGAUUUGAUUGGUCAAAAGGGCCACAUCUACAGUCAGUCAUAAUCAAUCCAUGACUAACACAUGCAAGAAUCCUAUCAAUAUAAUUUAGCCAAGAUGACAAAUUGUUAAAAAAGAUGGAGAUUUAUACUGGUCUUAGGAAAGUAGUUCAUUGUAUCUUGUAAUGUUUUUCUGGAUGAACCACAGACUAUUUGAUUGCUUCGUUUUAAAAGUCUCAUGAUUUGUGAAUUGCUAGUGAGAACCAUCAUUGCUGGAGAAACGCUCAAAAGUUAGAAGAGUGUUUCCUGUGAAUUGUCGCUGGCUUUUUCUUUGUGUCAUGUUUGUGAUCUGUGUUUGCUCCAUCUACUCAGGUAUAGCUCUCGUAACCUGUGCCCAUCUGUAUCUGGUCACCCAUGCUUCCUCAGAUAUGACAAACUGAAGCACUAGAAAAAACACUGAAAAAGGUUUUCUGUGAAUACCAUGUGCUCUGUAGUAGGGUUCCUUCUACAAAACUGCUGUCCUUGCUUUGUUUUUCCGAAUGUGCUCCCUGUCUUCUCCUUGUAUUUCUCCUCACCUUUCUUCUCUGUCCCAGUAACUGUAUCUCACUUUCUAUGGGACACCAUCCAUCCAUUCUUCAAGCCAGAAAACUGAAGCCAAAAAGGAAAACGUGUAAAUUAGAGCACCUUCGCAUUGGAAAAACAAAAACUAUUGGCCUGACAGUGGACUUCGCUGAGGAUGAAGAUAGGAAUGGACAAUAAAAAGAAUAAAAAAGAGGGUAAUGAUAUGUUGUAAACAGAUGCAGAUGAACAAAUGUGUUGAAAACUCGUGUCCUGAGUGGAUUGUCAGCUGAGCAGCAUCAAAGAGAGGAGAUGGAGGAGGAAAAGUUUGGGCAACACAGAAAGUGUUGGAGGAGGAAAGAAAGAAGCACAAAUCGCUUCUCCAUUGCUGAGUUUUUAACAAACUCACCCAUUCCUCUACAAGAAGAGGAAAACUAUUAACUGUAAACUGCUGCUCGUCUGUCUCUGCUGAUGGGAUUCACCGUAGAAACUGGGAGGGAGAUAGAGAGAAAGAGAAGAACAACAAUGGUGUUCACAGUUCCAUCAUCACAUGCAACCUAAUGGAGAAAGUGGCUGUUAGUAAAUGUAAGCCAUAUUAACUUGGAAGACCAAACAAUUUCACAUCCUCUGAACUGAUUUCCAGAGCGAAUGGCUACAUAGAUUCUCUCAGCUGAGCUGCCAGAGGGCUUCCUGCCCGAUGGUCUUGUAUGUGGAAACCUCGUGUCUUCUGGAUGUCUUCGGUGUUUUAGUCACAAUUUUAUGUAAUUUAGUUGUCAUAUUGCUUUACUUACCUUUUUUUUCAAGAGACUGCAUAAACUGCGACUGAUUCCCAGGAAUCAUCCAUUAUUUCGGCACUCAAAGCACUAUGCAAGGUGAGGGAGUCUAUCACGAUGUCCAGCGACUGCUAGGCUGCCCUGUUAAUCUCAGCUGAGAAACAGCAAGCUGAAGUCAAUUCAUACAUAUCAAAAAACAGCAGCUUCCACACUUAUAUGCACAUCACACAGUCAUUUAUGUUUUAUACUAGCUGAAUCUCCCAGGAGGCAUCGAGACAACAUCUUGGGACUUGAAAUUCAGCAAGACAUCAGCAUGUUAGUUCGAAUGAUGUAACCCAAAGACUACAGACACUUGGAUGGAUGCAUUAGUUGAGAUGAACAGAAACACUCAAAGGCACUAAACUGGCCAUAAGGUCACAUGGCUGUCUUCAGGCAUCACUGAAGACAGCCAUGGGAUAGGCCCUCUUUCUCACUUGUUCCUUCUUGAGAUUUUAUGGUAUCUUACCCGAGAACCCCGCCACCCUUAACUGCAUCUCUGCAUUGCUCCUCCCCUUUAGAAAAUCUGCAUGGAAAUCUGUAUUAAUGGGGGGAGGGGGGCAUAGUUAAUUUUUCUUUCAGCAUUGUUAGUGUAAUGGUAUCACUAUCAUCCACGAUACGUUUUAACUACUUACUGCUAAGGAGCUAAGAAAACAUGGUGGAGGAGGAUGAGCACCCUCCUCUCAGAGAAAAAGGAGACCAUACACACCAUAUCUGUUUGGAGGUGUGAGCAGGCAAACAUCUUUUACAAACUAUUUGAGGGACAAAAAAUGGCAAUGAUUGCAAAUUAGAAAUUCAUUUUUCUGACAUUGUUUAUCAGCAUGAAUAAUGUGCAUGACUUUUGCAAGUCACUCUUUUCUCUCAUGAAUAACAGGGCUAGAAACUGUUUUUUUUUGUGUGUGUGUGUGAAAAUGUAAUUAUGUUAUAUGCAAUAGAAUGCGUACAGAUAAGUGUGUAGGAAUAACGAUUUCAUCCAUUUGAUUAACAUGGUGAAACACCAUUAAGAAAAAAAAGGUGAACCCUGUGUAGUUCUCUUUAAGAUGUCUUAGGACACCCAAUAAUAUAGCUUUCUUAAAUCCAAGAGGAGUCCUCUUCAACUUUUGCAAGUAUUUAUUCUGCUAUUGCUUCAACCUUUCACCUGGCUGCUAUUCUGCCUUUUUCUUAUUAUUACUAUCUCUUCUUCUUAUUGAAGCCUCUUACUAGAUUCCCUAGCUGUUAAUCUCUACAAUCACUGCUGUUUCCGGACACAGGACUGAAAGUUGUCCAUUCAAAGAUGUCAUUAUGCUGUGCAGUCAAACUGAAAAGGUUAUGUUGUUCUUUUAGUUACUAAAUAUUGCUUCCAAGGUCUUGAGGACCUUCCAAAGAACCAUCAGAGGUGUGGGGUUCAGGUUACUUUAGGAGAAGGUCUACUGUUGCUUUAUUUGUUUGUUUGUACUCUCAAAGUCAUCCAAGCUGAUCAGAUGACUUCACACUAUGCCUCACUCAUCAAGUGUUAAUUAACACUUCAUGAGGGGGACAGUCUGACAGAUACUGAAAGAUGUCAUCUGCAAAUGUUUGAUUUCAUGGUGUAGCUUGGACAAAUGACUCUUUAAGAGAAAUACACAACCCCAUCAUCACUGUUAGGUAUAUUUGGUGCAUCUUUUUGUCUUGAUCUGGAAUAACCUCUUCCUUUAAUUUUCACAAUGGUUCAGGGACAAAAAGAAAAAGAAAUACCAUAGUGGAGUUUCUCAAUUUGCAUAUUUGAAUAUUUGUUGGCUGAAUGAAAUAUGUAAUCACUACAUUUAUAUUACUCUUAUCCAUGAGCCCAUUUCAUAAAACGUAUACCUGGAGUUUCCACAGUUCUUGGAAAAACCAGCCUGCAAAGGUGCUGGCUACUAAUGACCUCGCCUGAUGAGUCCAUUUAUGAUGUUUUUAGUAGGCUGUCAUAGCAAACAGUGUACCAACUGAAAAAUUAGGCUACAAGUUAAUAAGUAAAAAGAGGUUGGGAAAACUGUUGUUUGAAAUAUUUAAAGAGAAUUGUGCCAAAAUACACUAUUUGAGUCAAACAAAGCCAAAAACACUGUUGGAGCAGAGUAUGCACACGUGUAAGACAUGCUCCUCUGAGAGAUAGAAAAAUGAUUAUUAUAAGAAAUAUGUGUUUGUUUAAUUAUCUGGAUUUUAUUUGUGCCUAUCAUUUUUAUACUGUUUCAUUCAUAUGAAUUGCUCUGUCUCUAUUAUACAUUGAUUUUUGGUCAUGAUGCUGGGUAAAUGGACUGGUUCAUACGUAUAGCGCUUUUCUAUUCGAGCACUCAGAGCGCUUUAUACAGCAUGCCUCAUUCACCUGAUAACAGAAGCUAUUUUUCCCAUGCCUAAGUGUUUUUAUCUAACAUUCACUCACAUUCACACUCUGAUCGAUGCAGUGAAGAGCAAGUUAUCAUCUCACCCAAGUAUAUCUGAAAUGCAGGCUAGAGCAGCCGGGGUUUGAAUCUCCCGAUUAGUCGAUGACCUGCUCCACCUCCUGAGCUGCAUUACAUUAUUAUUAGAAUCUCUUAUUUCAUGAACGUCAAAGAAAUGACAAAAAAGAAACUACAAAGCCAUAUAAAACAACUAAAGAGAGAUUUUAAUAACUAAAAAGACAAAUAGAACACCCCUUACCCACAAAUAGAUCCAGAGAGUCUACAGUGAUGAUGAUAAUGACUACAAUGACAGUUGGAGGCUCAUAAUAACUGUAAAGAGAUUAAAAGUUACCUCAAGAGACAAAACAGAACUAAAAACAACUAAAAAAGAGACAAUAAAUAAAGUUAAAAAUAUCAGUAAGAGGCCCAAAACUUUAACAGAAGAAAAAGAUGACCAUGUUGAUCAAGUGUCUGACUGCAUUCUGACUGGGGUAGAUGGAGGGGUAGUAGUGGGCUUUUACAUGGCGAUGCCUGAGGCCUCAAAUUCUGUGAGUAGAUUUUUUUAUUCUAUGGCAGACAUACAGUAGGACACCAAACGUCAAAUCAAAACAUUAUAAUGAAAAACAUGUUUCCUAUGAAAAAUGUCAAAAAUGAAACAUUUGAAAAAAUCUGUUCAUUUGAAGGCAAGCAUGCACUUUCUGCUGAAAUCGCUAAACUCACCUGUCUGCUUGUAUAAGAGCCACAGAGCUAAAAUUAGAGGCCACGUAGAAAAAAAAAGAUUGAUCGUUAUCCUGAGAGAUUUGAAUUUAUGUACUAUAUCUUUAGAUUAUUGCUCUCCCGUGCCUUGCUAAUCAAUAGCAAGGCUCUGCUUUGGAAAUACUGCUGUGAUAUUUAGGAUUAAUAAAAAUGUAUGUAUAUAUCCAUUUAAACAAUACAUUUAUCAUUUAUUGCUUAGCAGCCAUGGUAGCUGAAGCUGAGGUUAUGGAUGAUGAUAACAAUAUGUUUUAUAAUAAAUGUUACUUUUUUCAACAUAAUUUAUGGUGAUUCUUAAUUUUGGUGGUAACCCAGGGUAUCUCAGGUAUAUAGUAUUCUAUCUAAACAUCAGGAUGUUAGGAUGCUGCAGUAUUCACUCCAGAAUGUUUCAGUACUAAAUCCGAGGAAUUCAGUGAGUACAUGUGGCUCUGUGGAAGUUAACUUGGAGGCUUGAAGUAGAUUUUUCUGCUCAAUGCGCUAGCAUCUCUGUCUUUAGUGAUAUUGCAUGGGAUAAGAAGAAUUGGUUCCAGUGUUUUACAUCAGUUGUUUGCUUAACACUGUAUAUUACUUCAGCUUCAGCCGUGUCAAAAUGAACAAGAGGAUUUUAUGUACUGUAUUGUAGCUACACCAAGAUAAACAUCCAUCCAUUAGUUUUUAAAACUUAUGCCAAUUGUACUCACUGGAGACGUGAUCUUCUUUACUCAAAGCCUUUUUGAUUGGAAGGUAGCAUAACAGAAGCCCUGAUAGGUCCUCUAUGCUUCUCUAAUAAACUGGAUUGGAUGUUUUAUUUGAUGUCCAGAGGCUUGGAAUACUUUUGAUUCUAUUCCAAAACUAACACAAGUCCAAAAACUGCAUAAUGGGUCUUUGACGAGUAAAAUUUGUUGUGAUAUUUGGUUCUCUGACAUCUUCAGUUUGUGAAUAUUUUAAAUUGUUGCUUUUCAGUGUUUCCAAAAUUAUGUCUAAUCCAUACACGUAUGAAAAAAUGCUUCGGAAGGUUCUGGGACAUGAACACAAACCUGUAUCACAGUGAGCUUUACCCCAUCACCUCAUCACCAUCGCCAACCACUCCCAUAAUUCAUCAGCCAUGUUGUGUCAACCAGGCCACCACUUGUCCACUAACCCAGUUAAAAACAUAAUGAAGCAUUAAAAGCCAGUAAAGACUGUUAGAUUGUAGAAACACAUAGGAAGUUCUUAGGAUAAAGUAAUAAUGGAACAGGGCUCCCUGGUUUAUGUUAUUUUUCAGGAUUUCCAGUCAUGUACAUAUGUAGGUAUUAACGUGUUUGUGUAUAAAAACAUGUACGACAGGAAUGCUUUGCAGACUGAACUAGACAAUGUCCCUGUGCCCAGAUGGACCACUAAGCUAGCCAAUAGUGCUGCUUUUGCUUUAAACCCAAACCAUAAUGAAUUUUGUAGCAUAUACAAGUAUUUUAAGUAGUUAGCUAAGUCAGGUUUUUGGUUAGUUAAUCCAGCAGGGCUGAGACAUGGGUUAAAAUGUCAAUGUGUAGUGUCCAUUUGGCCCCAUCCUAGAAGAACACAACAUUAGAAAGUGAGUGGUGUGACAGGGCUCAGGUGUGGUAAAAAGUCUUGUGUGCAAAAGUUUAACCCAUGUAGAGGUUUACAUAAAUAUUUUAGGCUGAGGUAGCAGGAUUAUUAAGACAGUUUAGGUCUGGACUAGAUAAACUUUUUUUGCAACACUGUGGUGAAACUCCUUUUGCUUGUCUCACCAAGUCUAACCGAUAUACAUGACUUUCAUGAUCUGAAUUCAGAUUACGAGUGCCAACACUGAGAAAACAUGGAUAGUUAUAGAUUCUAAAUUCUCUUCAUUUCAGUAUGGUUAGUGAGUGUAGCCAGUCUGACAUGUAUUAUAAUCAAGUACUGCAUCCAGUCUUCCAUGGAAAUGAGAAUUAACGAGGUUGCUGACAUGUUUCUAAAAAGUAGAAAAGUGUUAUAACAAAUAGACAAAGAAAUAUCACCCUUAUCAGUUUUGGAGGAUUAGGUUAAUUGAAAGCACCCUUUGGCUAGUUCAAAAAGUAUCACGAAUUAAGUGUGCAAGAGAAGAAGUACAAAGUCAAAUAAAAGUCUAUGUUGAGGGAAAGGCAAAUAGGUUCUGUGUUGGUCAGUCAAAAGAUCAUAUGACAAGAUGAAGACAUGUUCAUUCCAAAAUCUUCAUUGUGGUGGUUUCUCUUUUCUGAAGCAUUAAAAUAUUGGUGUCUGUGACACUCUGAGAACUGGGGGUGUCGUGUACACCACGUAGCUUACAGGCUUGUUAUAAAUUCAUAGGCCUAAUAAAAGACAGUAUCAGGAUACAAUAGUGAUUUAGGUUUUUUUGCAAACAGAUCUACAGCUUACCAGCAAACUGAUAAGACACAGGCAGUUCUGACAGCCAGUAAAGUCAAUACACCAUCACCACUUCCAAAGCUAAUUGCUUGAUUGCUCACAGGAUAUUUAGUAAAUUUUGGCUAGCUCUCCAAGUCUGGGUAAAGUGAUCUAAAAUUAUAUGUCGGUGUUGUAAGGAACAAAAUUAGAUUUUAUAUUCAAACGAUCUGACUGGCUAGAUUUGAUGUAGCAUUUUUGUACACUGGCUGUAUUAACUGGUCUAGCUUUAUUAGAUUUUUUUUUUUUUAAAUAAACUGGUAAAAACAGACUAACCAUGGUUAGUUACUCUGUCCUAGUGCCAUUAGGCUAUAUUAUUUGGAUAAUUAAGUCCACUAGCUUAAAACCAUAAACAGUGGUAAAAAAAAAAGAAAUAGACUUUUAUGCUUAGCAUGGAGAACUUUUUGUGUCAGUUUUAGCAUGUUAAGGUCUAAAACUUCAAUCCAUAUUUUCUGCAGCAACAUCUCCAUUCCAGGCGCCUUGCCCUUCCUCUAUCUUAAACGUCUUCUCCUCUUUGUUCUCUUUCUUUCCUGAUGCCUUCCUUCAGUUACUUUAAAGAAGAAGCUUUUUUUUUCUUUUUGCAUCCCUUGUUCCUGUAUUUUUGUAUUAUAUUUUUGGAGGUUAAUUCCAAAUGCAUGCAUGAGAAACAUCAAAAUAAUGACGUUAACAUAGUGUGAAUGACCUGGUGAAGGGAAGCCUCCCCUCCUUUGACAAAAAGCAGUCCUAUUUUCUUACUUUUUGUGUCAGAUUUUAAAAGAAAUUUUGUAACCAACAAAUAAUAAAACACUGUAAUUUAUAAGCCACAGAGGCAGCAGCACUAUCUGAAGACAAAUACGGUUUAGAUGGUUGACGCACCUAAUUCAGAAGUCUCUGAACAUGAAAGUACAAAAAAAUAAAGUCAGUGUCUCUUGGUAGGGUGGACUCUGUCACAAAACUGUGUUUCUGUCCUCAUGAUGAGACAUCAGCAGCUAAAAUACUAUUACUAUUUAAAGAACUGCAUCUGCUUUAGGUCGUUUCAGUUCCACUUUUCUGUUUUUUUUGUUUUUUGUUUUUUUGCUUUUUUGUCGAUAGUGAAAAGGCAGAGCUAAGAAAGAUGACUGCAACAGAAAGAUGAGAGGCUUCCCUACAUUAAUGAAUUGGGUUACACUCUAAAAAGCUGAUCUUGGAUCUGAUUUUGUUGUCACUGCAAUGGAAAGAGAAAAAGAAUCAAGAACUGUAUAAAAUAUAUCUGAAUGGAAUGUUAAUUAUUUACCUUUUUCUAGUUUUGAAACAUGUAAAAGAACAAAGGUGAAACUAUGAAAAUUUAACAUUUGUGAAAAAAAAAUCUGCUGUCAAACAGUAUGAAUGCUGUGAAUGCUGAUUUGCCUGAGCAGCUCUCCUUCCGAAUUGAUAGAUCAUCCUUUAAAAAAAAGAAUAAUACUAAAAACAAAAUAACAAUAAAAAAAAAAAUCAUUUAAAAAAGUUAA